AUGAGUAGAAAUUAUCAACGAUCAAAAGAAAUAUUAAAAUGGUUUGAUGAUGUUGAUGAAUCAUUUAAACAAAUUGGCGAAAUGAUUAAUAACUUUGAAUCAACUCUGUAUUCAUUAAAAAAAGAAAUCAAUGAAAAUGAAAGUCUUGAAAAUGAAAAGAAAGAAGAAUUUUUAAAGGAAUUAAAUGAACAACAAGAGUUUUUAGAAUUUAAUACUAUUGAUGAUAUUAAAGUAGACGAAUUAACUAAAAGAGUAGAAGUUAUUAAAUCUAUUACUGAAUUCCUUCAUCCUGAAUUAAAUGAAAAAAUUAACGACAACCAACUCAACGAGACUGUAAUAAAUAUGACUGAAUUAAAUAAAAAUGAAAAUGGUUCAACAAAAGUUGAACUUUAA